AUGGCGACGAGACUUCCAGCAGUAAUUAUGGAUAAUGGGACGGGGUACACAAAGCUAGGCUUCGCGGGUAAUAAUAAUCCUUUAUUCGUCUUUCCCACGGCCAUAGCGACACGUGAUUCAGCAGGAGCUCCAGCAGGUGGCUCUGCAGUUUCAAAAGCAUCGGGGAACAUUGCGACGAAACGGGGCAUCGAGGAUCUGGAUUUUUUUAUCGGGAAUGAGGCGAUUUCAAAUUCUAAGACUUAUGGUUUACACUAUCCAAUUAGACAAGGACAAAUUGAUAAUUGGGAUCAAAUGGAAAGAUUUUGGGAACAAAGUAUUUUUAAAUAUUUAAGGUGUGAGCCAGAAGAUCACUAUUUUCUUUUGACAGAACCACCAUUAAACGCACCAGAAAAUCGGGAACAAACUGCCGAAAUAAUGUUUGAAUCUUUUAACAUCCAGGGACUUUACAUCGCGGUUCAAGCAGUUUUGGCCUUGGCCGCUAGUUGGUCCUCAAACAAAGCAUCCGAUUUUGUACUAACUGGUACAGUCAUUGAUAGCGGUGAUGGUGUCACUCAUGUUAUCCCAGUGGCGGAGGGUUAUGUGAUCGGAUCAUCUAUAAAGCAUAUCCCAAUUGCUGGUCGAAAUAUUACAUAUUUUGUUCAACAACUUCUUCGUGAUCGAAAUGAGAAUUCUAUUCCACCUGAAGAUUCCUUGAAAGUUGCAGAAAAAAUCAAAGAACAAUUUUCAUAUGUUUGUCCAGAUAUUGUUAAGGAAUUUAAAAAAUAUGAUCAGGAAGGCGACAAGUACUUUCAAAAAUAUCAAGGAGUACAUAGUGUAACCGGUCAGCCGUAUGAAGUCGAUGUGGGGUUUGAGCGUUUUCUAGGCCCUGAAAUAUUUUUUAAUCCAGAGAUCGCAUCUUCGGAUUUCUUAACACCAAUACCUGAAGUAGUUGAUAAUGUUAUUCAAAGCUGUCCUAUUGAUACUAGACGCGGUUUGUAUAAGAAUAUUGUGCUUUCUGGCGGUUCGACAAUGUUUAAGGAUUUUGGAAAACGGUUACAACGUGACAUGAAACGAGUGGUUGAUGCCCGUAUCAAGAGAAGCGAGGAAUUAAGUGGAGGUUUGAUAAAGGUAAUUGUUAAUCCUGACAAAUUGAGCUCAUCUAAAUUGGAGAAAUCGAUUGAAAUCAUAAUUCCAUAA